UACCCCCUCUUCUUGGGCAGCCGAGGGCCGGGCCUGCGGGCGGGGGGCCAGGAAAAAGCCGAAAACACCAAGGCUGGGCCGCUCCCCUCCCGCUCAAAAUAGCCCCCAGUCGGGGCUGCCACACAUUCCGCUGGGCCCGGGGCGCGGGAAAGGGUGGGUCCCCGCCCGACCCGACGUGGCUGGCCGGCCUGGUUGGACGGGGUGGGGGGCGAGGGCGGGCCGCGCGGCCGGUCGGCCGGCCGGCAUGUGGCUCUCCUUCGGGGAUCCUUGGGAUCCUUGGCAGUCGGGGCCGCGCGCUGCGCCGGGAUGAUGGAGAGCUUCUGGAAUUUCCUGCAGCUGGAGAGCGCGCGGCCGGCCGGGGAAACGGGCCGAGCGCGCCGCUGGCGCAGGGGCGCCCCGACGUCCGGCCCUAGGGGGCGCCUUGGCGGCUUGGGUGCUGGGAGAGGGCUCCCCGCCAGAGCCCCGGCUGCGCUUUUCUCCUCCCCGCCCUUUUAGAGGCUGGCGGGGGGUCCAGUCCCGCCCCUCCCACCCGGGCCGGGAGAGAGGGGCCAGGUGCAAGCACCGCCCCUCCCCCAGCCGCCUGGUUUCCCUCUCGGCCCGUCACCUCCUGGAGUUAGGAGCUCCGCGGCCUCGUCUGGGAGGGGGCGGGGGUGGCCAGGUAGCCUGGGAGGCGGCGGCGGGAAGACAGCGAGGCGGACGGACCGAUGCCUCCCGCUGCAGUGAGAGGCGUCUCAGGGCUUCCAGGACGGGGUCGAGACCUGGGUCUCCACUGCCGAGCCGGUCGGGGGCGGCCGGGCUGGAAGAGCCUUGGGUUCUCUCCCCGACGGCGGGAGGAACCUUCUCUGGUGGCGGCCCUUGCACCUUGCCGGACCGGGAGGCCAGAAGAAGGGCCCCUGGGCGAGAGGGGGGGCCUCAUUUUCCUGGAGCCCUGAGACCCAGGAGAGUAGAUGGGAGCUUGCCUGACUAUCUACCCAUCAGCCUGGACCCCAGCGCCUGCCCAGCUGAGCGUGUGCAGAGGGCCCUGGGUGAGGGGCACCUCUCAGGCCACAGCAGACACCACCCUGGAGAUGCUGGUGGAGAUAGGCCUGUCCUGCUAAGCGAAGCCUAUCGGCACAGCCUGCUCAGGUGCUAUCCACGCCCAAGACCUGGGCUGUGCAGCCCUUCCAGCUGACAGCCAGCGACUGGCAGAACCCGUGAGUACAGGGCUCUUCUCUUUCCCAGAGAUUUCCAGUGUGACAGCCCAGGCGGCAGAGCCGAGGGUCCUGGUCCCGGCUUCUCGCACCCUCAUGUCAGCCCCGGCCACGCCCGGCGGCCCGCGGAGGACAAGGUCAGGAUGCGUGUGAAGCCUCAGGGUCUGGUGGUGACUUCCAGUACCGUGUGCAGCUCUCCUGACUACCUCCGGGAGCCCAAGUACUACCCCGGUGGUCCCCCUACCCCCCGGCCCCUGCUUCCCUCCCGGCCCCCUGCCAGCCCACCUGACAAGGCCUUUUCUACCCACGCCUUCUCCGAGAACCCACGCCCACCCCCACGCCGGGAUCAUAGCACCCGGCGCCCACCAGUCCUUGCCAAGGGGGACGAUCCACUGCCCCCGCGGGCAGCCAGGCCCAUCUCACAGGCCCGCUGCCCCACCCCGGCUGGAGACGGCAGCAGCUCUCACCGCCGCUGGGACAACGGGCGAGUGACUCUGCGACCAGUGGUGCAACUAAUUGACAUCAUGAAGGACCUGACCCGGCUUUCCCAGGACCUGCAGCACAGCGGUGUGCACCUGGACUGUGGCGGGCUCCGGCUCAGCCGCCCACCUGCCCCUCCACCCGGUGACCUCCAGUACAGCUUCUUCUCCUCCCCCAGCCUGGCCAACAGCAUCCGCAGCCCUGAGGAGCGGGCCACCCCCCAUGCCAAGUCAGAGCGGCCUAGCCACCCGCUUUAUGAGCCCGAGCCUGAGCCAAGGGAGAGCCCCCAGCCUGGUCAAGGUCACAGUCCUGGAGCCACGGCUGCAGCCACUGGCCUGCCCCCAGAGCCGGAGCCUGACGGUCCUGACUACUCUGAGCUCGCUGAAGCUGACAUCCUUAGUGAGCUGGCCUCCCUUACUUGCCCGGAGGCCCAGCUGCUGGAGGCCCAGGCCCUGGAGCCGCCUUCACCAGAGCCAGAGCCUCAGCUCCUGGACUCCCAGCCCCGCUUCCUGGACCCACAGGCCCUCGAGCCGCUUGGGGAAGCUUUGGAGCUGCCACCCCUGCAGCCGCUGGCUGACCCUCUAGGGCUGCCAUCCCUGGCUCUGCAGGCCUUAGACACCCUGCCCGAUUCCCUGGAGUCACAGCUGCUGGACCCCCAAGCGCUUGACCCCCUGCCCAAAUUGCUUGAUGUCCCGGGUCGCCGUCUGGAGUCUCAGCAGCCCCUAGGGCACUGCCCGCUGGCUGAGCCCUUGCGCCUGGACUUGUGCUCCCCCCACGGCCCUCCUGGGCCUGAGGGCCACCCCAAGUACGCCUUGCGGCGCACCGAUAGGCCAAAGAUUCUGUGUCGCCGGCGGAAGGCCGGCCGGGGGCGCAAAGCAGACGCCGGACCUGAGGGCCGCCUGCUGCCCCUGCCCAUGACCACAGGGCUGGCAGCUGCUCUGGCCGAGCCACCGCCACCGCCACCGCCACCUCCUCCUCCUGCCCUGCCAGGUCCAGUUCCAGGCCCAGUUCCAGUCCCAGUACCACAACUGGAACCAGAGUCUUCCCAGACAGCAAUGGUCCCCAGCCGCAAGGGCAAGUGCCGGGGCGUGCGGCGCAUGGUAGUGAAAAUGGCAAAGAUCCCCGUGUCUCUGGGGCGACGGAACAAGACCACAUACAAAGUGUCAUCCCUGAGCAGCAGCCUGAGUGUGGAGGGCAAGGAGCUGGGCCUGCGUGUGUCAGCCGAGCCCACACCCCUGCUGAAGAUGAAGAACAAUGGCCGCAACGUCGUGGUCGUCUUCCCACCCGGCGAGAUGCCUAUCAUCCUCAAACGCAAGCGUGGCCGUCCCCCUAAGAACCUGCUGCUGGGGCCCGGCAAGCCAAAGGAGCCAGCCGUGGUGGCUGCUGAGACGGCCACCGUGGCAGCCGCCACCAUGGCCAUGCCAGAGGUCAAGAAGCGGCGGAGGAGGAAGCAGAAGCUGGCGUCUCCCCAGCCAUCCUAUGCGGCAGACGCCAAUGACAGCAAAGCCGAGUACUCAGAUGUACUGGCCAAGCUGGCCUUCCUGAACCGCCAGAGCCAGUGCGCCGGCCGUUGCUCCCCACCUCGCUGCUGGACGCCCAGUGAGCCCGAGUCAGUGCACCAGGCCCCUGACACGCAGAGCAUCUCGCACUUCCUGCAUCGUGUGCAGGGCUUCCGGCGGCGCGGUGGCAAAACAGGUGGCUUUGGUGGCCGGGGCGGGGGCCACGCAGCCAAGGCAGCCCGGUGCUCCUUCAGCGACUUCUUUGAGGGAAUUGGCAAGAAGAAGAAGGUGGUGGCAGUGGCCGGGGUCGGGGGCCCAGGCCUCACCGAGCUGGGGCACCCACGCAAGCGGGGACGGGGGGAGGUGGACGCAGUGACCGGGAAACCCAAGCGCAAGAGGCGGUCCCGGAAGAAUGGGACUCUGUUCCCAGAGCAGGUGCCCGGUGGCCCUGGAUUCGGGGAGGCGGGCACCGAGUGGGCUGGAGACAAGGCGGGCGGUUGGGCCCCUCACCAUGGGCACCCAGGUGGGCAGGCUGGCCGAAACUGUGGGUUUCAGGGGACCGAGGCCCGGGCCUUCACCUCUACAGGCCUGGAAAGCGGGGCCUCAGGCCGAGGCAGCUAUUACAGCACAGGUACGCCCUCAGGCCAGACCGAGCUCAGCCAGGAGCGCCAGAACCUCUUCACAGGCUACUUCCGCUCGCUGCUUGACUCAGACGACUCCUCCGACCUCUUGGACUUCGCGCUGUCGGCAUCUCGCCCGGAGUCCCGAAAGGCAUCAGGCACCUAUGCUGGGCCUCCCACCAGCGCCCUGCCUGCCCAGCGGGGCCUGGCCACCUUCCCCAGCCGGGGCACCAAAGCCAGCCCGGUGGCGGUGGGCAGCAGUGGGGCUGGGGCCGAUCCCUCCUUCCAGCCCGUCCUGCCUGCUCGUCAGACCUUCCCACCAGGCCGGGCAGCGAGCUACGGGAUCACCCCAGCCGCUUCAGACUGCCGGGCAGCCGAGACUUUCCCCAAGCUGGCUCCCCCUCCUUCAGCCGUGGCUCGUUCACCCACGGCCCACCCACCCACCAACACUUACCCGCCCCAGUAUGGUGGCUAUGGGACUGGACAAAGUGUAUUCGCCCCAGCUAAGCCCUUCACGGGCCAGGACUGUGCAAACAGCAAGGACUGCAGCUUUGCCUAUAGCAGUGGCAACAGCUUGCCAGCCUCACCCAGCAGCGCCCACAGUGCUGGCUACGCCCCACCGCCUACUGGGGGCCCCUGCCUGCCUCCAAGCAAGGCCUCCUUCUUCAACAGCUCCGAGGGGGCCCCCUUCUCUGGGUCUGCCCCUACACCCCUGCGCUGUGACAGCCGGGCCAGCACCGUGUCGCCUGGUGGCUACAUGGUGCCCAAGGGCACCACAGCUUCUGCAGCCUCUGCCACUUCCUCUUCAUCCUCCUCUUUCCAGCCCUCGCCUGAAAACUGUCGGCAGUUUGCGGGGGCGUCUCAGUGGCCUUUGCGGCAGGGAUACGGGGGCCUGGACUGGGCCUCUGAGGCCUUCAGUCAGCUCUACAAUCCUAAUUUCGACUGCCACGUCAGCGAGCCCAACGUGAUCCUGGACAUCUCCAACUACACACCCCAAAAGGUAAAGCAGCAGACAGCCGUGUCGGAGACGUUCUCAGAGUCGUCCUCCGACAGCACCCAGUUCAAUCAGCCCGUCAGUGGUGGGGGUGGCGGCUUCCGGCGCGCCAACAGCGAGGCCUCAAGCAGUGAGGGCCAGUCGAGCCUCUCCAGCCUGGAGAAGCUGAUGAUGGACUGGAAUGAGGCCUCGUCGGCCCCCGGCUACAACUGGAACCAGAGCGUCCUCUUCCAGAGCAGCUCCAAGCCAGGCCGAGGACGGCGGAAGAAGGUAGACUUGUUUGAGGCUUCACACCUGGGCUUCCCAACUUCCGCCUCGGCCACUGCCUCGGGCUAUCCAUCCAAACGCAGUACAGGGCCCCGGCAGCCACGGGGAGGCCGAGGCGGUGGGGCCUGCUCAGCCAAGAAGGAGCGGGGUGGUGCGGCGGCCAAAGCCAAGUUCAUCCCCAAGCCCCAGCCGGUCAACCCGCUGUUCCAGGACAGUCCGGACCUGGGCAUAGACUACUACAGCGGGGACAGCAGCAUGUCCCCACUCCCCUCGCAGUCAAGGGCCUUCAGCGUGGGAGAACGGGACCCCUGUGACUUCAUGGGACCCUACUCCAUGAACCCAUCCACGCCCUCCGAUGGCACCUUUGGCCAGGGCUUCCACUGCGACUCACCCAGCCUGGUUGCCCCCGAGCUUGACGGCAAGCACUUCCCACCACUGGCCCAUCCGCCCACGGUGUUUGACGCUGGCCUGCAGAAGGCCUACUCACCCACUUGCUCACCCACCCUGGGCUUCAAGGAAGAACUGCGGCCACCGCCCGCAAAGCUGACUGCCUGUGAGCCCCUUAAGCACGGGCUGCAGGGGGCCAGCCUGGGCCACGUGGCUGCAGCCCAGGCCCACCUGAGCUGCCGGGACCUGCCACUGGGCCAGCCCCACUACGACUCCCCCAGCUGCAAGGGCACAGCCUACUGGUAUCCACCUGGCUCAGCUGCCCGCAGCCCACCCUAUGAAGGCAAGGUGGGGGCGGGGCUGCUUGCUGACUUCCUGGGCAGGACGGAGGCUGCGUGCCUCAGUGCCCCUCACCUGGCUAGCCCACCGGCCACACCUAAGACUGACAAGGAGCCACUGGAGAUGGCCCGGCCACCUGGCCCACCCCGUGGCCCUGCUGCAGCUGCUGCUGGCUAUGGCUGCCCUCUCCUUAGUGACUUGACCCUGUCCCCUGUGCCAAGGGACUCGCUGCUGCCCCUGCAGGACACCGCCUACAGGUACCCGGGCUUCAUGCCGCAGGCGCAUCCUGGCCUGGGUGGGGGCCCUAAAAGUGGCUUCCUGGGGCCCAUGGCGGAACCUCACCCCGAGGACACAUUCACCGUCACCUCCCUGUAGUGCCAACUGAAGUGCCGACUGGACCGCGAGGUUUUGUUCCUGGCUUUCAGAAAACCAACGCCGAGACCCCUCCCAGCGUCCAAACAGCCCUCUGGCAGGAGCGCCUGCCUCUCCGUGCCCCGCACCCCUCCGCGUGCCCCACCUCCCCUCACCUCCCCCUCCUUGCCCAUCUCCUCCACGCAGAAGCCGAAGGUGAGCCCUUUCUGCACAAAACCAGCAAUUGUAAAUACUUUUUAAAAAUGUACAAAACUUAAAAAAAACAAAACACAGUUUUAGAAAAAGACAAAAAAAAAAAAAAGCGAGAGAGUGCGAGCGUGUGCAAGAAGUUGCGAGCGGGGCCCUGAGGUGUCCAGAGCCCCUGCAAGAAUGCACUGAGAAAUUUAUCUACAGGUCGUUUGACACAAAUGAACAAUAUCCUAUUUAUUGUACAUACUGUUUUAUUAUAAAUCGUGGAUUGUAUAUUGCAUUCUGUAAACCUGCUGUGGUCCCGUGGUGUGCAAGUUCGCAUGGUGGGGGGGGGGGGAGGGAGAAGAACCUUGCGGGAGCUUCUGUUUUUUUUUGUUUGUUUGUUUGUUUGUUUUCCUUAUUUUUCACUCUUGGGUUUUUUUCUUCUGUUGUUGUUGUUGUUUUCUGUUGGCAGGACACACCCAAAGAUCCAAGUUUGUAUUAAAAAGAAAUGAAAAAAAGCAAAAAAAA